UCCCUCUACCAUGCAUCGCAUCAAUGGUGGACACGUACCACCCAUAGGUGUCACAAACGACACGAUGAGACUUGCGAGAGGAAGUCGGGAAAUGGCAGAGCGUGUCGGCAACAAGGCGAGUAUCCUCCGAUCGUUUGGGAAAAUGGACCAUUUACGUCCUUGUCAAGGGUAGCGUCCUUAGGCGCAUGAUUCAGUGCGGCAGGCUGUGGCUGAGAAGAAGUUCGAAGACUUAUACGAUAUAAGCUGCGCCUUAAGUCUAUCCUCAAGAGCUUUUAGCAUUCAGCUCAAGCAAUCUCUUGGGGGAAGAUCCGGACAAGGACAAUGGAGGAUGUUCACCAAGAGCAUUUCCAGGGCCAACCGGCGGCGCAAGCCGAACAACGAAACGAAAACAGAUGCGGGACGACCAGCAGCAUGUGAGGGAAAUCCAGAGGAUGGGCAUCCAAGAUGUCCAUCAUACUAUUGCAAUCUAGCACUAGAUACGACAGAAGACGACAACUAGAUGUUCGGCGUACCGUGAUCUAGGACAAUUGGCACUGGGAAGUUUGACAAUUCCACCAUAGGCGCCUCCUGCUCCCGCCGCCCUUCCUGGAUCAGCCUUACGACUUCUCCGGGCCACAUUGACACCGGGACCCUCCGCGAACCCACCACCACCACCAUCGCCACCGCCGCCACCGCCGCCACCGCCGCCAGGCGUCCCUCCCUCGCCCCGUCUCCUCAGACCCACUUCCUAUUUCGUAAGCUCUCACCCUAGAGAUCAGGGGCGAUAGCAGUGAUUCUGCCAUUCUCUUCGAAUGCACCUGGAGCACGACCGGAUCGGUCACGCUGGGUAUGGGUGGACUAGGCUACCGCUUCCAAACAGCUCAACGCCCCUCCAGACCGCUUCGGGAUGUACACAUCGAAAGAUGACAUGACAUACGUCGGAGAAGCACGAGACUGCCGUUGGACCAAAGAGCAAUCCCUGCGACUGAGAGCCGAGCCGCGACAUAACUUGGGAUGAUAUGGGAUGGUGGCAUUUUCUUUGUCACAUGUCGGUGGAACUCGUCCUACCCAUUUUGCUGAAGGCCGCACCAGAGACAGUUUGUCUGGUACUCGGAGGGCCUCGGAGCCGCAAGGAGCUUCUGUUAUUGCCGACAUGGAGGGGUUGGUAGAUGCAGCCAGAGCUAUGAGACGCGGGAUAUUGUCAUGUAGGAGGCUAAGAAAUCUCUGGCAAACCUGCAGAUGCACCUCCUCCUGCCAUUCAAGGACUGGAUCAAGCGGACCAAGAUACCUUGACGCAACUGCAAACUGCCAGGAUUCUCAAGGAACAUUAUGACAAUUCUGUCAAGCAGCGGCAUGAAUUGAUCAAUGACUCCCGUGUGAUGUUUCUGGCGCGAUUACGAAUCGCCAAAUUCUGGUGGCUUCGAUUUCCUACGUGGUUUACUUGAUUUUGUUGAUGUAUGAGUGAAGCAGCUACGGGACGAGAUGAUAAUCUAUGGCCAGUGUUUGCGAUUCGAUACUCGAGAGAAGGCUUCAUGAUUUUCGUGGAGAUGACAACCAGUUACCACAAAAGGUCGUUAUGCCGGACGACCGGUCUCUGUUCAAGACCGAGUUGACGACACCGCUAUUUGUUUGCCUCAUCAAAGUCGGGUUCCCAGUGGGAGAGAUAUACCAGCAAUCACGAGCCAGGUCGUGCAGAUUGGGACAGCGUUCUGCCUCCUGCUGUCGUCCAGGUUGUCCAGCAAUUGCCGCCGAAGAAUUCGGACGUUUCCAGUAGCUUCUCGAGAAGUACCAGGCGCAAGCUAAGUCGGCAAUGAAAAGAGUCGACACACCAUACUCAAGAGUCGCGUUCCUUCAAGACCAGGAAAGCAGAAGGUCAACUCCCUCAUCAAAGGAGGAUACUUCAACGACCAGCAAGAGACCGAUGUUCUUGCCGAGCUCACCUGUUUGAAGAACGACGACUGGAAGGUCGACUUUUUUGACCUGCAGAAGCCAGAUCCCAACGGCGUGACGGAGCACCCAGUGCACUCUUCGUAUAGCAGUCGUAGCUUGCGUGCACAGGGGCUUCGGAAGGACGACUUGAUUCAAAUCCUACCAAUCCAUCUGAGAAUAGUGAUGAUGACUUCAUCUCGGAGGAUGACAAUGGCGAGCAGGAAAUGGGCUGUAUCAAACCGAUAGGACGACCAGAGAAUGCCUUCGUUAUUGUGGGUGCACCGUCGGCUUGCUUGAGAGGGGCGUCGAAGGGACAAUCAGGAUCCUGGAAGACCAGCCCGUCAACGUCACAUGACAACACAGGCCUGUCUACCAGGUAGCAUAGUGCAAGUAAGGCGUACACUACUAUGUACUGGAUAAGUUACUUCGGUACUCCGUGGUAUCGAAACCGUGG